AUGUUGGAUCAUUCGAAUUGGAGAAAUCUCCAGCUUGAUCUGCUUAUUACGCCUAAGGAUUUUUUGUUUCGCUGUUUUGACAAGAUUGUGAACGUUUCUCCUGCUUCCAAAGGUGUUGAUGCUCAUUUAAAGGAUGCUCGUGGGGCUAUGAGUUCAAUGCACAAAUUUACUCUCACAGAUCUACCCUACCUCAACCCAUUCGAUUGGAUUUCUCUGUUACUUCUACUAUUGAAGGAUCAACAUAAAUUCGAGCCUAUCAUUUCACAUCCGAAACGAAUGUUGGUCUGUUACAUCCAAGAGGUUGGAAAGAUAGGCGUGUAG